AUGGACGGCUUUGUCUACGAACCGAUUGACCUCGACCGCCCGGCGCUUCGGCUCCUACAUUUACUAAGAGGCAAAGGGUCGAUCAUUGAGUGUAUGCUGUAUCAGGCCUUCCUCGACGGUGCCGACCUCAUUCCAUAUGAUGCUUUAUCAUAUACCUGGGACGGCGCGGAUAAGAACUUUACUGUGACAGUCAACGGGAGAUCCCUCAAAGUUACUGAAAACCUAUACUUAGCCCUUCAGCGUCUUCGCUCAGAACAUAUAGAUAGGGUGAUCUGGGUUGACGCUAUUUGCAUCGAUCAAAACAAUAUGAGAGAACGAGGACAUCAAGUUCAACAGAUGUGUAAGAUCUAUUCGCAAGCGGAAGAGGUAGUAGUCUGGCUAGGUGAAGCGACGCAAGAGACUGACGUCCUCAUGGGGUCUCUACAGCAACUGGAAAACCACAGCUCAAUAUAUGGAUAUAAGCGCAGUCACUGGGAUCUGUCACAGUGGACCACAUUCUGGCUAUUGGAUUCCAAGGGUCCAGAUGUUCAGUUACGCAAAGGCUUAAAUCUGCUCUUGAGUAGACCGUGGUUUAGACGAGUCUGGAUCUUGCAGGAGAUCGCCAAUGCGAAGAGAGCAAAUAUCUGGUGCGGCACCAAGUCUGUUAAGUCACAUAUCUUUGCUGUAGCUCCAUCGCUCAUAGGUAUCGAGCCAAGACGCCAUUGUCAAGCGGUGUUGGACAUCAUGCCUGGCCGCCUACGGGAGGAGACCUGGUGGAACGAGAAUAGAGACCUGUACAACCUUUUGCUGAAGUUCAGCGAAAGCGAAGCAAGUGAUCCACGAGAUAAAGUCUACGCCUUACUAGGAAUAUCUUCGGACGCCCAGGAUACCGAUAGGCUACGUCCAGACUAUACGAAACUCCUCCAGGAGGUGAUUUACGACACAUCUUCGUUCUUGUUCGGACCACAGCAUGUUAAAUACGGGGCAAUGCCAGAGUUUUUAAAGGACCUUGCUUCUCGAAGCGUUGCAUUCUUUGUAGAACUUGCAAAGACGUCAGAUGUGAGCGAAGUAGACCGUUUCCUGAAGCGGCGGGGUCUCGAAGUGCCAUUACCAGAAGACGUGGUCAAAGCCGCCGCUGCAAAUGAGGAAAAUGGGCAAGAGAUUAUGAGCUGUCUUCUUCAGCAACGUGGACACGAAAUCUUGGUUACGGAGGAAGUGAUCAAAGCCGCCCUAGGGAAUAAGAAGAACGGCCUGGAGAUCAUGAAAUUUCUUUUCCAGGAACGUAGAGAUGAAAUCGAAAUUACAGGUGGAAUAAUCAAAGCUGCCGCUGCAAAUGAGGAGAAUGGGUUGGAGAUCAUGAAAUUACUUAAUCGGGACCGCGCAUACCUAUGGACGAUUGAAGAGGAAGUGCUUGAAGCCGCCGCAAACAAUGAGAAGAACGGGCUGGAGAUCAUAAAAAUUCUCCAUCAAGGAGCUGGAAAUCGAUGGGAGAUUACAGAAGGCGUGAUUAAAGCUGCCGCAAGGAAUGAAAAGAAUGGGUUGGAUAUUAUGAAACUCCUCUAUCAGGGACAUGGAAAUGAGUUCAGGAUUACAAAAGGAGCAAUUGAAGCUGUUAGAGACAACACGACAAGUGGAAUGGAAAUCACAAACUUCCUUUUCCAGAAGUUCAUCCUCCCAUUCAGCAUAAUAGUCGUCGAAGAGUUGGAAGUAGCCUUGACACACGACGAGGAGGCAAGAGGGCUUCUCUACGACGAGAACACCGACUCUUCCGUCUGCGACGAGAACACCAACUCUUCCGUCUGGUUGAUGAGCGAUAUCGUAUGGAAGGCGUCUGCAGAGAAAAUUCAUAUGGCGAUAAAGAUGCUGCUGUUAUACCCAGGCGUCGAUGUCGAUGUAGAGGGUGGAAUGCACGACACUACACCCAAGCCGGAUCCAUUCAAACGUCACAAGGCGGUGUUGAGGCUGCUACUAGAACCAAAAACCUCCUCCAUUGCGCAUCGCACAUCGAAUCCAGUCACACUUUCGGAUCAAUUAUAA